AUGGCGCCAAGCCCGACUGCUGUCGGGAGUCUCCUGCGACAAGUGGUCUAUUACCAUCUCGACAGCGGCUCCUACGACAACGCCCUUUUCUUCGCCGAACGAUACGCCGCGCAAGACCCUCGAUCGAGCGAAGCCGCCUACCUGUACUCGCUAUGUCACCUUCGACUCGGCGACUACCGAUCCGCGUAUGAUGCGAGCAAACCGAUGGGAUUUCGUGGUGUGCAUUUGGGUUGCACCUGGGUCUUUGCUCAAGCGUGUUUGGCUCUGGAACGGUACAAAGACGGCAUCGCAGCUUUGGAUAAGGCCAAGGGCUCAUGGUCGCAAAAGAAUACCAUGGGCAAACACAGCGCAACGACUCGAGCUGCAUACCCCGAUACCCCUGCGGUGCUUUGCUUGCUGGGAAAGCUGUACCGCGGUUACGAUGACAAGAAGAGGGCUGUGAGCUCCUUUGAGGAGGCAUUGAAGCUCAAUGCGUUUCAAUGGGACGCUUUCAAGGCUCUUUGCGACAUGGGCGUCAAAGUUCGUGUGCCAAACAUCUUCAUGGCCAGCGACAGCUUACUACAGAACCUUGGUCAAGACUUGACAAUACAACCGCAGCAGCCUCCGAAGAAGUCAUCCAUGAGACCCGUGGCAGCCGACAUGGGGCCCGAUCCGUUUGGCGUUAGUUUUUCUGCCGCAGACAUGACUCCCAUGACCGAAAACAUGCUGGCAAAUACUGAGAGCGACUUCAUGUCCAGGAUGCAGAAUGCUAGAUUCAAGCUUAAGAGCUCAUCCAAUCACCAUCAAAACGACAUGGAGGGCCUCGAGACUCCAACAGGGCCGCCAGCGGAAGCAAUGAUGUCUCGGUCUAACAACCUGCAGGAACCACCCCAUGCGCCCGCCAGGAGGACCCGAAAUGCCCAGCAUGCCGACCAGACACUCGAAGCGCCGCCACGGAUGAACCAUCGACUUGGAUCGAGGAAAAAUGCUACUACACGGGAGAAGAACAGCCAAGAGCAGCCUUUGGAACCCAUCUCAGAUACCCCCAGCGCGCAUACCGGAAAUUCCAGGUCAAGUGCCAUGUCGACAACCGAUAGGAAACGAACGCUUGCCGGCCACCCAGUAUCACGAUCAACAAACAUGGAAGAACAUGCUACGAGGCGAAGUGCCCGAUUGAUAAAACCGUCGGGCAAACCGAACUCGACAGCAACAAACCCAGCUGCCGGAGGAGCUCCCGGUGGACGAGAGUUGAAAAAGGCUAGACCCCCAGUCUCUCGAAUGAUGCGGCCGGGUUCUGGUGGCUCCAACGCCGUAAGGGUUGUUAGUGGAAACCGAAAACCUUUGGAAGACCACAGCGGAGAAGGGGAAUACGAUGAGAUGGUCAAGGUCAGAGAAGCCUCAGUUCCGCCCUCCAAGGUUGCAGAACACAGCUUCGUAAAGUUCGAAGAGGCUUUGCGAUGGGUAAUGGAUUUGAUGAAGAAGCUUGGGAGUGGAUACUUUUUGCUAUCGCAAUUCCAGUGCCAGGAAGCAAUCCAGACAUUGAGUGCGCUGCCUGCAGCUCAUCAAAGCUCGCCCUGGGUUUUGGCGCUCAUGGGACGUGCCCACUAUGAACAGGCUUCAUAUGCCGAAGCAGACAAGUUUUUCCGCAGGAUGCGGGCACAAUGCCCCUCACGCCUGGAAGAUAUGGAAGUGUAUUCUACUAUUCUCUGGCAUUUGAAGCGGGAGACGGACCUCUCCUUUCUGGCCCAUGAACUUGUGGACGCCGCAUGGCACUCCCCGCAGGCGUGGUGCGCCUUGGGCAACGCAUGGUCUCUCGCGCGAGACCCCGAGCAGGCUCUCAAAUGCUUCAAGAGGGCCACCCAGCUGGACCCAAAGUUUGCUUACGGCUUCACGCUACAAGGACACGAGCAUGUCACCAAUGAGGAAUACGACAAAGCCCUCACGGCUUACCGGCAAGCGAUAUCAGCAGACAAGAGGCAUUACAACGCCUACUACGGCAUUGGAAAAGUUCACCAGCGCUUGGGUGCCUAUGACAAGGCCCUCACUCACUUCCAGGCUGCACAUGUCAUCAAUCCUAACAACGCCGUGCUGGUAACGUGCAUUGGACUGGCGCUCGAGAAGCAGAAGCAAAUUAUACCAGCACUGCGUGCUUAUUCCAAGGCAGUCGAGCUCGCUCCGCAAGCUGCUUCCGCGAGAUACAAGAAAGCGCGAGCUCUCCUCCUUGUUGGACAGAUUGAAGAGGCGCAGAGAGAACUUGUCAUAUUGAAGGAUAUGGCCCCAGACGAGGGCAUGGUACACUAUCUCUUGGCGCAGUUGCAUAGGAGUAUGAAUGAGAGGCAAGAGGCAGUCCGCCAUUACACUAUUGCUUUGGCAUUGGAUCCAAAGGCUGGCCCGCAGAUUAAGGAGGCGAUAGAGAGUUUUGAGGAUGAUAUACCAAUGGACGACUCAAUGAUUUGA